UCGGGUAUGGCGCGGGAGAAGAAGAAGCGGAGCAAGCUGCGGCAUUCGGACGAUGAGGAGGAGGCGCGGCGUAGCAAAUCCAAACACCGGAAGCGAGGUAGACAUUGCGAUCCAUCCAGCGACGAGGAUGCCAGCAGCAGUGGCUAUAGCAGCAGCAGUGAGGACGAGAGAAGGAGAAGGAAGCGCAAGGAGAGGAAGAAGGAGAAGAAGAGGAAGGAGAGGAAGAGGAAGGAUAAUUUAGAGAGCAAGAGCAGGAGUCUGGAAGUAAAUGGCGGUGAUGAAGAACUGGUGGCGCCUGAGAUUGUGGCAAACGAAAUUCUCCUCGAGUUUCCAGCACUCUCCGGCGAGCUCAAGCAGCUUCUCCAUAUGGUUGAUAGUGGCCAAGGAGUCGAUGUUAGUGGCAUCCCGGACGAGAAACUUAGAGAGCUUCUUUUCAAGCUGUUCCAAGCGCUGAAACUUUCGAAGGUAGAUCGAGUUUACUUACUGCCUGAAGGGUCGAAUCCCACGCUCUCGACGUUGGCAGAAGUUUUGAAAGGCGUGCCUGAUGCUGCUCCAAAAGAAGAAGAGGAAGCGAUCGAAAGAAAAGAGUCUCAUGGGAUUGGACCCGCGGAACGUCCUCCGGCUCCCAGGGUGAUAGGUCCGACUAUGCCGACUCCAGAUAUGUUGGCGGCAGCAGCAAGAGUAACAGAGGCAGAGGAUGCUUUGAGAAAAGCGGAAGAAGAACUGGACCAAGAUCCUUUUGUUGGUCCUCCUCCGCCCGCAAUUGUUGCCGAGGCAGAAUCUGUAAAUGAAGCUGAGCGAUUUGAAGAGGUCACUAGAAUACUGGAUCCGGAUAUGAGAGAUGCGUAUCACAUCUUGAGCGUCAAGCCAGAUGCAACUGCAGAAGUGAUCAAGAAAAGGUACUGGAAGUUGUCGCUCCUCGUUCACCCGGAUAAAUGCGCUCAUCCUCACGCACAAGAUGCAUUUACAACCAUAAAUAAAGCAUUCCAAGAGCUUCAAGAUCCUGUAAAGAGAGCGGCAAUUGACCACACUAUAUCCGAAAGGAAAAGAAAGGAGGAAGAGGAGGUUGAGUUGCGGUCCCUUCGGGAGGCUGCUCAGUGGAGGCGCAUGCGAGGCGAAAUAGCGUUGGCUGGAGAUGAUGAGCUUCUUGGAACAGCGCCAAAAGCUCCAAGUCGGGACGAAUGGAUGACUGUUCUUCCACCAGAAAGACAGGCUGGACCUCCGAGCAUGCAUUCAACAUUCUUUAGCAAGACUGAGAAGACUGGGCGAGGAGAUACGAGCGUAUGGACAGACACUCCUCUUGAGAAGGCACAGAAAGCAAAGAUGCAGUACCUGGAAGCUUACAAUCAGGCUGCUUUACCAGCGGCUGCCACGGACGCCGCUACUGCCGCCGAAUCUCAGAGAUCAUCCGAGAUUGCCAAAGUGGUGGACAAGUACAACGAGAAGAAGCGGGCCGAGUCUCUAGUCGAGAAGCAUAAACGAGAAGCGUCCGAGAAGAAAAACGCCGGGAACAAGAAGAGCCAACCGGUUGAAGAUUGGGUUGGAAAGCAUCCGUGGAAGCCAUGGGACCGAGAGAACGAUCUGGCAGCAGGGAGGAAGUCCGUGAAACUCGACGCCAAGUCGAUGGCACAGGGACUAAGCUCAAGGUUUGGUUCUUCCGGUGCUGGCGAACGGAAGUUCCUCUAGUAUUGACAUUGACUAUAUAUCCAUGGUUUGUUUUCAUAAAGAUAUCAAAAGAGACUAAGGUUCUCAAAGCUCGUUCAAA